AACCCGUGAAAAGCCGAUAGAUCAGUCCGACAGUGUGUUUUAUCCAGUUCGAACAGCUGCCAAAUAUAUUAUAUCAAAAUGUUCGAAUUUGGCAGCUUGUCGAGCCAACACACGACGUUAUUCGACUCGGGUCUCUCGUCGGCACUCACUAACUCAACUAGUAACAGUAUUACCUCUGGCUCGCCACCAACCGCCUUUAGCAGCAACUACAUCGAUCAACCAGGAUUGUUGUUCAAGAGUCUCUGCAGUGCCGAUAACGGUGUUGGUGUCCCCAGUCACAGUAUUAACGGAUUUGGUUCGACACCAUCAACACAAUCAUCACCGACUUCUGCUCCAAACACUAUAGAAUCACUUUUGGAGCCAUUCGGCCUACAGAACAGCCAAGCUGACUUCGCUGCCGCACUUGCCCAGUUGACCGGACAGUCUGUCAAACAAAUGGAUAGACAACAAGCUUCGGCUAUACAAAGACCUACGUCGUUUGCUGGGAGCUCUCUCUUCGGAGCUUCUGAGUUUGGAAACCCACUUGGAGCGCCUGGAACACCAAUUGGAUCACAACAUCAAAUGUCCAUUGGGCAGAAUCUAGUUAGCGCAUCGUCGCCAUACUCGACUCCACAGCUCACACCGAUGGCGACUCCGAAUGGACAAGCACCACCACCAAAGAAUCCGAAACUCUAUAAGACCGAGCUCUGUAGAUCUUGGAUGGAUCAUGGACGAUGCAAUUAUGGCGAACGGUGUCAGUAUGCACAUGGAGAACUCGAAAAGCGACCAGUUCCUCGACAUCCAAAGUACAAGACAGAGGCUUGUCAGUCAUUCCAUCAAAGUGGAUAUUGUCCAUAUGGUCCAAGAUGCCAUUUCAUUCACAAUGAACCUCCAAGUGCUCAGAGUCAGUAUUCAACACCGAUCUCCACUCCAGUACCACAUCAAACUACACCUUCUCUUUAUGCGUCACAGUAUCAUAAUGUCACAAUGAAGCAGCAACAACCAACUCAGAAUGCCAGUAAUGUUCCGAAUAAUGUUCUUCAACGUGUCUAUUCUUUGCCAAACGGAGGAUACGGUAGUGCUGGAGAAUCACCGCCAUGUAGUUCAAAUGACUCUGGAAGUGAAUCGCCGAACGGAAGUUUCUCGCCUGGAUUGGAUCUUGAAGAUAGUGGACCAUUCUCUGCUGGAUUCCUUUCCGCUUCACCACACAAGUUGCAACAGCAGAAAACAAAUGCGGCACCACGUGUUCCGACGAGUAGAUUCCUAUCGUACGAUCAGUCAAAUUUAAACGACAGCCAAUUCAGCAACUUGCUGAAUGACAUUUGUCAAUGGAAUAUUGAAGAUUCAUUAUCUACUCCUUUCUCAGGAUUCUUGCCAUCAAAAUGGUCAACAACAACAGAAGAAACGUCACCAGCGACCACAACCCCAGUGUCAACACCCGGUCGUUUGCCUGUUUUUGCGCAGCUCAGUAAUCCCCAAUAAAAUUUGAACUGCUUCCUAUUCCGAGAGAACCGUCCAUUUUCAGGGAUUUCUAGAAAGGUUCCACCAAAGUUUAGCCUAAUAUCUUUCCAAUAUCGAGUAUACUAAUAAUUACCGUUUCUUGUUAUGUUUUCAAUUUUCUAUGUAUAGUUUAGUGCCCCCUUCCCACUUCCCCUACUUCAAAAUGUAUCUAUGCCGCUAGUUGACACCCCCAUUUUAUCAAUAUUUUUCAGCCCGAUGUCCUUCUUUUCCCAAUCAAAUCUCUUCAUUAUUUUAUUACUUCAAUUUUGACGACUUCUUCAUCAAAAACCGAACAAUUGUACCUAUGUAACUUAUGCGCUUUCGAGACGUUUUGAGUGCCUUAACCCACAAAAUUGUACAAUAAUGUUCAAAUUCCGAGUAGAUCUAACUUAUUUGAUUUGUGAAAUCUGCAUGCUUUCUUUCAAAUUUCAUGUAUUUGUACAUCUACCAUCCCAUCCCACCGCUAGCCUUUUGUGUCGUACAGUCCAACUUUUUUUUCUCUUCUCUUCUAAUUUAUUCAUCCGUUUUCCCAACAUUCUUUCUACUCAAAAAACAUUUCUUUCACACAUUGUCAACUAGCUGUAUACAUUUUGCAUUAUUUCUUUACAAUUUUAAGUUUAUAUAAGUGCAACUAAUAUAUCGUUUUUUAUCGUCAAACUACCCUCUAAUUCUUUUCUAAUUUACUGCUUUUACACCGCGCAUUUUUUUCUAUAUUUAAACUUUGUUCCUCGUUCGCUAGAAUUUAAUUUCAACUUGUACAACAAACAUAGUUUCACUAAUGUCGAGUAGUUUUUAAUUUUCAUACUUUUUCCGUGUCUCAAUCAUUUUUCCCCCAUCUUCCUCGAUUUGCGUCUUGUCCUUAUCAUGAGAAAAUCCCGGUUUCUGCUGCCCCUUUCCCAUUUUAUUUUCUGAAAACUGUUUUUAAAAUUAUAUUUCCCAUGUUUUUUAUUUCGAUUUGUCUUUUUUUUUCUUCUCCCAUAUUUGCAUAACUUUUAUAAUAAAGUUCACUUCUUUUUG